UUUAAAUUCAUUACAUAUAGAACGUAGUAUUACUCUUUCUCCAGAGAAGUACCACUGAUGUGUAUGUAUGUUUCUCUGGACAACAGGUGUCAGGAGUUGCUACGACGAGGGGAAGCUUACAGCUAAAACCUUGACCAUGGACUACCACCGUGGUGCCAACCUUGAGGUUAGGAUUGCUCGGAUCCUUAACACCUAUGGCCCGUGCAUGUGCAUUGACGAUGGCCAUGUUGUCAGCAACUUUGUUGCUCAGGCGCUAAGGAAGGAGCCUUUAACAGUUUACGGCGAUGGCAAGCACACCAUGAGUUUCCAAUACAUUUCUGAUUUGGUUGAGGGGUUGAUGAGGCUGAUGGAAGGUGAUCACAUUGGGCCAUUCAACUUGGGCAACCCCGGUGAGUUCACCAUGCUGCAAUUGGCCAAGGUUGUCCAUGACACCAGCGACCAUGAUGGUGAGUUCAAUAACACUAUUAUGAUGAUGGAGUGCUGA